GUUUCCUAAAGAAGUGAACCUGAAGGCAUUAUGGAAGAGGCCGGUUGUUGGAGGACUCUCUGCUGAAAUGCCAGCUUUAUGUAAUCGCAGUUUAGCGACGAACGGUUGACUUUGUUUACAUCAGUGGAAGCCUAAAGAAACCGAGAUUUUUGGGGGGAGGGGGGGUGUCAAGAAACGCUGCACCAGUUUCACCGAGCUGAACCGUUCAGGGCUGCUCUCCCUGGCUGGGAGUUAGCUGCUAGGUGCUACCAGUGUCUGCUAGCCAAGAAAAUAAAGGAAAACAGGACUGCCCAAGUCAGACGGGAGAUUCAGACGGGAAUCUCACCAGAUUUUCCAGGUUGACUGUGAGGGACAAAAGACUGUAUAGAUUACUUAUUGUUGGAAAUUUUAUAAUUUGGACUUUAUCAUGGCUGGGCGCUGUGAAGAUGAAAGUGUAAGCAACUCCAGUGGAGAAUCAAGUCACUCUGAUGAUUCUGGUUCUGGAUCGGGCUCUGGGUCUGGGUCAGGCUCAGGCUCCAGCUCCAGUUCGAGCAGCAGCAGCCAAUCAGGGAGCAGCGACUCAGGAAGUGGCUCAGACUCUGGCAGCCAGUCAGAUUCUGAUUCAGAGAAAUCCAAGGAGAAGAUUGAACCCCCAAAUAAGUCAAACAUCGAUGGAGCUGAGUUCUGGAAGUCAAACCCAAGUAUCCUAGCAGUGCAAAGGUCAGCUAUGCUCAGGAAACAGCAACUUCAGCAGCAGCAGCAGCAGCAAAGCUCUUCAAAUAGCGGAACAGAUGAGGACUCAUCAAGUAGCGAUGAUUCAGACUCUUCAAGUGGAUCCAUGAGGAGAGGAAACUCAGGCUCUUCAGACUCUCGAUCUGUUUCUGGAUCUGGGAGUGGUUCUGGAUCUGACUCAACAGCAGAGGACAACAGUGAUGAGACUGCAUCUGACUAUGAGCCCAGACACAAGGUCAAGAGCAGAAAGCCGCCAACCAAGGUGAAUGCCCGAAAUGGAAAGAAAAGCAGCAUUCAGAGGAAGGCACAUGAGUGUUUGUCUUCUGAGGAUGAGGAUUGUGGAUACAAGAAAGUGGUUUCAGCAGGUCCACGGCGGCAGGCCACUGUCAACAUAAGCUACAAGGAGGAUGAGGAGCUGAAGACGGACUCAGAUGAUCUGGUGGAGGUGCUGGGUGAGGAUGUCCCCCAGCCUGAGGAGGAUGAGUUUGAAACCCUGGAGAGAGUGAUGGAGAGCAGGAUAGGAAGGAAAGGAGCAACUGGAGGCACCACUACGGUAUACGCUGUAGAGGCAGACGGGGAUCCUAAUGGCAACUUCAACGCUAAUAAAGAGGUUGGUGAGACCCAGUACCUGAUCAAGUGGAAGAACUGGUCCCACAUCCACAACACCUGGGAGACAGAAGAGACCCUCAAACUACAGAAUGUCAAGGGGAUGAAAAAACUGGACAACUUUAAGAAGAAAGAACAGGAGAAAAAAAAAUGGUUGAAGUCGGCAUCACCAGAGGAUGUAGAGUAUUUCAACUGUCAAGAAGAGCUCAUGGAUGACCUGCAUUCACAGUAUCAACUUGUAGAGCGAAUCAUAGGGCAUUCAAACCAGAAGUCGGCAGCUGGCUACCCAGACUACCUGUGCAAGUGGCAAGGUUUGCCAUACUCAGAAUGUAGCUGGGAAGACGGAGGCCUGAUUGCCAGGAAGUUCCAGAAAUGCAUAGAUGACUACAUGAACAGAAACCAGUCCAAGACCAUUCCCUCUAGAGACUGCAAGGUGCUGAAGCAGAGACCAAGAUUUGUGCCCAUGAAGAAGCAGCCAUCUUAUAUUGGAGGCGAUGGCUUAGAACUUCGAGACUACCAGCUGGACAGUCUGAACUGGAUGGCCCACUCCUGGUGCAAAGGCAAUAGUUGCAUCCUUGCUGAUGAGAUGGGCUUGGGGAAGACCAUCCAGACUAUCUGCUUCCUUAAUCACCUGUUUCAUGAACACCAACUCUAUGGGCCCUUUUUGCUGGUGGUGCCUCUCUCCACGUUGACAUCCUGGCAGAGAGAGAUCCAGCUCUGGGCCCCUCAGAUGAACAUUGUGGUCUACCUGGGAGACAUCAGCAGCAGGAACAUGAUUCGAACACAUGAAUGGAUGCACGUCCAGAACAAGAGACUUAAAUUUAACAUCUUACUCACAACAUAUGAAAUCCUCCUCAAAGACAAGUCAUUCCUAGGCAAUGUUAACUGGGCCUUCAUUGGUGUGGAUGAGGCACACCGGCUGAAGAACGAUGACUCGCUCCUCUACAAAACGAUGAUCGACUUCAAGUCCAAUCACAGGCUCCUCAUUACAGGCACCCCGCUGCAGAACUCCCUCAAAGAGCUGUGGUCCCUGUUGCACUUCAUUAUGCCUGAGAAGUUUCACUCAUGGGAAUUGUUUGAGGAGGAGCAUGGUAAAGGCCGGGACUCAGGAUACACCAGCCUGCACAAGGAGCUUGAGCCUUUUCUAUUGCGCAGGGUCAAGAAGGAUGUGGAAAAAUCUCUUCCUGCUAAAGUGGAGCAAAUCCUCCGAGUGGAGAUGAGUGCUAUCCAGAAACAGUACUACAAGUGGAUCCUGACCAGGAACUACAAAGCUCUGAGUAAAGGCACCAAGGGUAGCACCUCCGGCUUCCUUAACAUUAUGAUGGAACUGAAGAAAUGCUGUAACCAUUGCUACCUUAUCAAGCCACCAGAGGACGAGUUCUACAACAAAGGGGAAGCUUUACAGCACUUGAUUCGCUGCAGUGGGAAGCUUGUUCUUUUGGACAAGCUUCUUGUUCGUUUGAAGGAGCGCGGCCAUAGGGUCCUCAUCUUUUCCCAGAUGGUUCGGAUGCUGGACAUCCUGGCUGAGUAUUUGAGGAGCCGACAGUUCCUCUUUCAGAGAUUAGAUGGCUCCAUCAAAGGAGAAAUGAGGAAGCAGGCACUGGAUCAUUUUAAUGCUGAAGGCUCAGAGGAUUUCUGCUUCCUGCUUUCGACACGUGCCGGUGGUCUAGGUAUCAACCUGGCAUCAGCUGAUACAGUAGUCAUCUUUGACUCAGACUGGAACCCCCAGAAUGAUCUGCAGGCCCAAGCCAGAGCCCAUAGGAUUGGACAGAAGAGACAGGUGAACAUCUACCGUCUAGUGACAAAGGGCUCUGUGGAAGAGGACAUCAUAGAGAGGGCCAAGAAGAAGAUGGUGCUGGAUCACCUCGUUAUUCAAAGGAUGGACACUACGGGGAAGACUGUACUCCACACUGGUGCUGCUCCUUCUAGCUCAACUCCAUUCAACAAAGAGGAACUGUCUGCGAUCCUGAAGUUCGGUGCUGAGGAGCUUUUCAAAGAGCCGGAGGGUGAGGAGCAGGAACCUCAGGAAAUGGACAUUGAUGAGAUCCUAAAAAGAGCUGAAACCAGGGAGAAUGACCCUGGACCUUCCACAGUGGGAGAGGAGCUGCUGUCACAGUUCAAGGUAGCCAACUUUUCCAUGAUGGAAGAUGAGGAAAUUGACAUUGACUCUGAGCGUAGCCAGCGGAGUUGGGACAGCAUCAUACCGGAGGAGCAAAGACGGAGGAUGGAGGAAGAAGAGAGACAAAAGGAGCUGGAGGAGAUCUACAUGCUGCCACGCAUGAGGAAUUGUGCCAAACAGAUCAGCUUUAACGGCAGUGAUGGCCGGCGUAGCAGGAACAGGAGGUACUCGGGUUCCGACAGCGAUUCCACCUCAGACCGCAAGAGGCCAAAGAAACGGGGACGCCCUCGAACUAUUCCACGAGAAAACAUCAAGGGCUUUAGUGACGCUGAAAUCCGGAGAUUUGUCAAGAGUUACAAAAAGUUCGGAGGACCCCUUGAAAGGUUGGAUGCUAUUGCUCGUGAUGCUGAGCUUGUGGAUAAAUCUGAACAUGACCUGAAGCGGUUGGCAGAGACUGUUCACAAUGGCUGUGUGAGAACACUACGGGAAAAUCCAUGUGGACCUGAAAAGACAUCAGCAGGCAGAAGAGGGAAGGUAAAAGGCCCCACGUUUAGGAUCUCUGGUGUCCAGGUGAAUGCUAAGCUUGUCAUCUCCCAUGAGGAAGAAUUGGCUCCACUCCACAAGGCCAUUCCUGCUGACCCUGAGGAGAGAAAGAGGUAUAUGAUUCCAUGCCACUCGAAGGCAGCACACUUUGACAUUGAUUGGGGGAAGGAAGAUGACUCCAGUCUCCUCAUUGGCAUCUAUGAGUAUGGAUAUGGCAGUUGGGAGAUGAUCAAGAUGGACCCUGACCUCAAUCUCACUCACAAGCUCCUACCAGAUGACCCUGACAAGAAACCACAGGCCAAACAGCUGCAAACAAGAGCAGACUACCUCAUCAAAUUACUAAGCAAGGAUCUGGCCAAAAAAGAAGCACAGAGACAAGCAGGGAUGGCAAAUUCACGGAAGAGGAAACCAAGGAGUAAGAAGAACAAAACUAUGAAACCCACCAAGACAGAUGAGGUGAUGAAGAGUCCAUCCUCAGAUCCCCCAUCAGACAAGAGGUCAGAGGAUGAUGAUGAACUUGAAGAUGAGAAGGAGGUGCCACCUGUGAAAUCACUGCCUAGAAGAACUCGGGCAGAAAGGGUGGUGGUGAAGGAGGAGGAGGAGCCCGACCAAGAAGAUCUCCCUUUACCAGAUGAGCGGGAGGUCAAAGAAAAGGAGAUUAAGAAAGAGUGUAAAAAGGAAAAGAAAGAGGAAACCCGGGACACAAAAGAGAAAAAGGAGCAGAAAGAAACCAAGCCUCCUGAACCACUACAUAAACAAGAGGAGAGCUUGGAGAAGCAGAAUGAAGUGAAGGCUGAAGUACAAGAGAAGACAAAGAAACUCUCUGAUGUGCCAGUCCACGUAACAGCAAGUGGAGAGAAUGUGCCAAUCUCUGAGGAGUCUGAGGAACUGGACCAGAAGACCUUUAGUGUGUGCAAAGAGAGGAUGCGGCCAGUGAAAGCAGCGCUGAAGCAGUUGGACAGACCAGAAAAAGGACUCUCAGAGCGCGAGCAGCUGGAACAUACAAGACAGUGCCUCAUCAAGAUCGGAGAUCACAUCACUGAGUGUCUGAAGGAGUAUUCAAACCCUGACCAGAUCAAACAGUGGAGAAAAAACCUGUGGAUUUUCGUUUCCAAAUUCACUGAGUUUGAUGCAAGAAAACUGCAUAAACUGUACAAGCAUGCAAUCAAGAAAAGGCAGGAGAAUGCCCAGGCAGCGGACCAGAACACUAGCAGUGUAAAUACCCAUGGCUUUAAACAUGCAGCAGACACUGAGAAGGUAAAGGACAACUCUCACCAAGACGACAGCAGCAGGGACAGCUGCAGCUUGGAGCGGCAUCCGCCUCCAAGCAGAUACCAUGAAAGCAGCAGCAGUAAGGACCGACACACCACUGAGCCUCACAGGAAGACCGGAGGAAGUGGAGAGUCCAGGAAAAGACCAUAUUCCUCCUUCAGCAAUGGCAAAGACCACCGAGACAGAGACCACUACAGGCCUGACAGCAGGGACCGGGACCGAGACAGAGAUCGAGAUCGAGAUCGAGAUCGAGAUCGAGACAGAGAUCGAGACAGAGACAGAGACCGAGACCGAGAUAGAGACCGAGACAGAGAUCGAGACAGAGACAGAGACAGAGACCGAGACCGACAAGAAAGAUACUACGACAGUAAACACAGGAAAGUGGACGAGUUUCGCUCUAGCCGAGACCAUCGGCUGGACAUGAAGGAUCAUUCCCAUUCGGAGCACCGCUCUUCCCACCGUUAUCACUCGGACUGGCAGACGGACCAGCGAACCUCUGCCGGCGGACCCCGCUCUCCCAGAGACCAGCGCUCACCCUACGACUCACGCUCACCCAUGGGACACCGGUCACCUUUAGAGUAUUCAUCAGACCACAAGAGCACACCUGAACAGAUCUGGAGCAGCCGGAAAACAUAACAGGAUCUGAGGCGGGCCGCUGGUUAACAGCCAUAGACUCUCGAACAGAGGAGAUGCCUUACAGGGACUGUGGACAAAAACCUGUAUCACACAUAUCAGCUGGCUCAGUGUGGCUGUGGUCUCCAUGCUUCAACAGCAGCAGAUCUCCAAAAUCUGAGGAAUGGAAGGCCAGGGAGCAGGGUUAAAUAAGGCAGCAGAUAAAAAAAAAAAAAUGCAUAUUUUUGUAUUUGCAAGAGUUCAAAGCUGCACUGUUCUGUACGCGUAACAGAACACAGCAUAUUUUCUUUUAUUUUUAUAGUCGGAUUUUUUUACACUUUGAAAAAUGGACACAAUUUACCUUGAGUGCUGCCUCACCUUCUCACCGACCCAUGACACUGGAUCCUGUAUUUUGACUGUUUUCUCCAUUUCUCUCUCUCUCUCAUCAUGCAUUAUAUGGUUAUUGAUUUUAUUUAAUUACAUGUCGAAUCAAUAAGGAAAGUUAAUAAUUGUGUUUGUCACAUUAAUCAUGUUGAUGAGUUGAUGGUUGAAAGCAGCCUGGGCUCAGGCUCACCAUCUGAAGUACCUCAUAUACAGCAUUUCUCAAUUCCUGAUUUUUUUUUUCCCCCCUCCCCUUUCUUUCUUUCUCCCCAUCAUGAAUUAUUUAAUUACUUGUCUUAGCUGUAAAUUUUUUUUAUUAUUUUUUUUUGGAGGGGGGGUGACUUACAUCUUUUUUUCAUGAAUAAUACUGUUGUACAUUAUUGUAAUAUAGUAAAUCGGUGGUCUUUUUCUUCUCAGGCUCUCUGGAUUUAUUAUGACUCUACCUUUCUCCAUCAACUCAGGCAUUUUGUCAGAUAUAUCUGUACAAUAGUUCUUAAUGAUAAUGCUACUCAGAAUGUAACUUUUUGGUAGUGAGAAAUAAUCUUUUAGCUGUACUCCUUGGUUUUAAUUACAAGCUGUCAGUUCCUGUUUCCUCUCAGUGUGUGCCAGUUGGAAAGAACUGAGUUUUUACUAAAUGAUGGUCUAAACAAAACAAGUCUUUCAUAUAGAAGGAAUAAACUAGACUUUCUACAUUCUUUUCCCAUUUUUUCUUUACCUUUCAUUUUGUUUUCUACGUAGGCAAUAAUAUCAAUGUUCUAUGCAGCCAGUAAACUUCUGAGGAACAGCCCAGUUGAGUGAAGUUGCUGUUACAGUUCACACCAUUGUACAUAAAUUUCCUCUAUAUUUCAAAAUGAAUUUACACUGAAAAUGCAUGAAUUUUUAAGGAUUGUUUUAUAUAGUUGUUUAUGAAGCCAUUAAACUCAAUCACUGACUCACUUGUAACAGUU